UGUGACAAGUCAGUAAUAUUAUAUUGUAUAUGUGCAAUACAUGUGGAUCAGGUUUCUGUAAUUAAGGAUAACUUAGAAGAUACCUGAUCUUGGUCACCAAGAAGCUUAUCAUGUCCACUCAGGCCCCGACAUCGGCGGACGCCUGCCUGAGUAUCGUCCACAGCCUCAUGUGCCACAGACAAGGUGGUGAGAGUGAGAGUUUUGGAAAACGAGCAAUUGAAAGUCUGGUUAAAAAAUUGAAGGAAAAACGUGAUGAAUUAGACAGUCUUAUAACGGCCAUAACAACGAAUGGCGCCCAUCCUACAAAAUGUGUAACCAUACAGCGAACCCUAGAUGGAAGACUACAGGUGGCAGGAAGAAAAGGAUUUCCACACGUGAUAUAUGCUCGUAUUUGGAGAUGGCCAGACCUGCACAAGAAUGAAUUAAAGCAUGCUAAAUUCUGUCAGUACGCAUUUGACCUGAAGCAGGAUAGUGUGUGUGUAAACCCUUAUCAUUAUGAGAGAGUUGUCUCCCCUGGAAUAGACUUGUCUGGAUUGACAAUUCAACACGCACUGCCAAUUAUUACAGCGCCCCCUAGCAGGCUUGUGAAGGAUGAGUACCAAGGAGGUAACCAGCACCCAGCCAUUGAGGCAGGGGACAACUGCCAGACCAUACAGCACCCUCCACAGGACAGCUUCACCAAUCGUGCACUGCCAUCUUCGGCACUCGGUCAGGGUUCACCGAGCCCUCAGUCCACUGGGCAGCACCAGACACACCAUCCGGCUGUUCCUCAGCACUCUAACACGAUAGUGGGGCGAGGUGGCCCCUCCCAGGGGGCAGGGCCCACGGGGUCGGUCUCUGUCCCCCUCCAGCACACUCCCUUGUCCCCCCAGGCUCUUUCGCCUCAACCCUCAGCUUCCAGUAGUAUUGGUUUGUCGUCACCACUUGCUGAAAACUACCCACAAAUACCUCACUCUAGCCAGGCCAAUCUGAGCCCAUUUCCAAGGAAUUCCUCGAGUGCAACUUGGGCUGGCAGUAGUACAGCUACCUACACACAAACACAGGACCCACAGUUCUGGAACAACAAUCAUUUACAGACAUCGGACAACAUACCUCUUCCUCCGCUAACCAAUCAGCAACCUCCUGAAUUCUGGUGCACCAUUACAUAUUUUGAGCUGGACCAACAGGUGGGCGAGACUUUCAAGGUGCCAUAUAGUUGUUCUACAGUAACUGUUGAUGGUUAUACUGACCCCUCCAGUUUGGACCGCUUCUGUCUCGGUCAGUUGUCUAAUGUCCACCGAACGGAGGCAAGUGAAAGAGCAAGGUUACACAUAGGAAAGGGAGUACAGUUAGACUACCGAGGGGAAGGUGAUGUUUGGAUACGCUGUGUCAGUGACCACAGCGUCUUUGUCCAGAGUUACUACCUUGAUAGAGAGGCAGGGCGUGCUCCAGGUGAUGCUGUGCACAAAAUAUACCCAAGUGCAUACAUAAAGGUAUUUGACAUAAGACAAUGCCACCGACAGAUGCAGCAACAAGCGGCCACUGCACAAGCUGCAGCUGCAGCUCAAGCUGCCGCUGUGGCAGGAAAUGUUCCUGGACCAGCCUCUGUUGGGGGUAUUGCCCCUGCUGUUGGUCUUAGUGCGGCUGCUGGUAUUGGUGUAGAUGAUUUAAGACGACUUUGUAUUCUACGUCUGAGUUUUGUUAAGGGCUGGGGACCAGACUAUCCCCGUCACAGUAUUAAGGAGACUCCAUGUUGGAUUGAAGUUCAACUCCACCGCCCACUACAACUCCUGGACGAAGUUCUACAGACAAUGCCACUUAGCAGCGAAGUACGGCCACGUGGCUUCUUCCUAGGCUAGACUCUCAUAGCAGUUUUUAUUUAUCACAUUGCCACCACUUGUUUCCUGGACUACCACACAAUGAUUAUUUCACUGAGGAAAAUAUCCAGCAUUUUAAACAAAUGCAGGUUACUGCCAUAGCUCAUUCUAAAAUGUGACAGAAGUUGGUUUCCAGUGAGAAGUGUUCAACCCUGAUGUUCAAUGUGGAAAAGGGAAAAAAAUUUCAAUGUCCAAACCAAGUGCUGAAUUUCAAAAAUCUUCAACCUAGAGUUUGUAAUUCCUUUCCAUGCUUUUCUUGAGAAAGACUUGAAUAUAUUAUGCCACUGGAAAAUGAAUUACUGUGCCAAGUAAGCUGCUCUUACCUAAGAAAUAGACCAACAAAUCAUUGAUCUCUACAGAAAGAGUAGAAUAUGUAAUAGACAAAAGGGUUAUGUUUUCUGUGUGGGCAAUAUAGAAUUCUGAAAGGAGUUAAACCACAAGAUGUGACGAGAUGCUGAACAAUAUUUUAAACAUUAGUGUAGAAAUUCUGUAAGAUCUCUAACAGUAUUGAAGAGAUACUGUAAUGUCUUUGUUACUGAGACAAGAUGCUAUAAGACCUUUGUAACUAUAAUGAGGAGAUGCUAUAAGACCUUUGUAACUAUAGUGACAUGAUGUUGUAAGAUCUUUGUAACUAUAAUGACAAGAUGCUAUAAGAUCUUUGUAACUAUAGUGAUGAGAUGCUAUAAGACCUUUGUAACUAUAGUGACGAGAUGCUUUAAGAUCUUUGAAACAUCGGUGUUGAGAUUCUGAAAGAUCUCUUUCAACAAUAUUGACUAGAUGCUAUGUGUAGAAAUCACAUAGAGUUGAGAUUUGUUAGGGAAUAAAACAGCCACAUUAUAAGGUACUUAAUGAUGACCAGUACUGACUUGAAAACUUUGUUAGAUUCUGACAUUUAACUCUUGGUGCGUAUAUCAUGUUUAAUUUGUUGUUAUUGUUUGUAAAGACAUUCUUGUUCCAUAGAUUACCGGUGCACCACAAAUGUAAAUAUUGUACCAUCACCGACACCAUCAUUACUGAUAAUAAACAUUGUAACCAGUUCUUCCAUGGUUACUAAUGGUAAUCAUAUGUAAUCAUCAUUCAUGGAUUUCAUGGGAGUCAAAUGAUUUUUAUAGUCACUGACAGAAACCUGCCCAUUGUAAUCAUUCAUUAAAUCUUAAUGCAGAAGUUUUAGUUCAUCAUAGGAAUAAGGAAAGGAUGUGGAUUUUUGUUAAAAAUUGACUGAUCUUAAAAAAAAAAUGACGUGAAGUUAUAAUGUUAUAAGAGUGCAUACAAACAGUCUAAGGGUCAAUUUUUCUUUAAGGGCUCAUGAACAAAGUUUGAGAACGGCAUUGGAAAUUGUCUGGUCUAUAAAUGCCAACUGGAAGCAAUUCAAUGCUUAUAUAAGAUUUGUUUCUAAAGAUAAACAUAAAUUGGUCUUUUUUAUGCUAAAAAAGUAAACAAAGCUUUAUUUCAAAGGUUGUGUGAUGGAGAUUGUUGAAAUGGUAUCAUCAUUUAAGAAAAUAAAUGUUUCAUACGAUCAAACUUUGGUGUAUCAUGUAAAUGUUGUACUGUUACCUUUGUCAAUUUUCUUGUCCUUCUAGAUACACAGAUUGAUUUUAAAAGGUUUGUUAUUUUAUAAUUGCACGAAUUUCAUUUACAUGUUAAUCAUAUUUAUGUAGUCUGUACAAUUCUACAUAUCCAUAAGUCUCCUUGAAUAUUCAUAAACCUUCAUAAAUAACCAUAAAGCUUCAUAAAUAUGCAUAGUCCUGAAUGCAUUAGAGCGCUUUGUUCCAUCCGUCAAAAUUAUAGCUGUAUGCUUUUGGGGGUCUUUAAAAAAGAUAUGGAAAAAGUCAAUAAUGAUUGAUUUUAACUUGUGUUAAUCUGUGGGUAAUGAUCCUGAUAAUUCUGAUGUACAUGUAAAAUGUAUCACCAGGACAAGUACAUUAAUAUUACCAUGUAAUUCACAGAGUUUUACUUUAUAAAAUACUCUAAAAUAAUUUGAUCAUCUCUGACACAAAAACAGCAGGGCUUUUUGGCAAUCAUUAGCAGGCUGUCAACCGAUUCCUAUAUUUUCCUAUAUUUUGGUUCAAAACUUAUAUUUUGAAAGAUCUCCUUUAUUUCCUUUAUUUUCCUAUUUUUUAAAAAAAUAUUCUUAUAUUUUUCAGGAAAUUUUUCGCCGAUAAAUGUGAGAUUGUAAAUAUUUCUUUAAUACUGCAUUUUGGCUUCAGUAUUUUAGUUUUUAGUCUUUAACAGCAUCACCAGCCACCAGAAAAUGACUCAGUGCAUCUCUUUAUUAUUUGUAUGGGCACUUGCAAGGCAGUACAAAAGGAUAUUGGCCUUUUAGGUGCCCAUGGAGAUGAUGAUGAUGAUGAUGAUGAUGAUGAUGAUGUUGAUGAGCUAUGCAGAAGAAUUGUUAGUAUAAAUGCCUUUGAAUGAAAUGAUUUUCAUUUGGAGAACUCUUAUAUUUUGCCUAAGCACUAGAAAAAAACCUAUAUUUGUUGGAAAAAAUAUUCCCAUAUUCCUGCUAUAUUUUGAAGGAGACUUGGUUGACAGCCUGCUUAAAGGAAAAGCUCUAGUAGAAAUCAUAAGUAGUAAACUAUAUAUUUUGGGAAUUCGGCCAUAUUAUGAAAUAAAUCGAAUUGGGAAUGGGACCCACAGAAGAGGUCCCAGGUAAAACGCUGCAAAUAUGAAAUUUGUCUUGAAUCAGAAUUCAGGCAAAGAAACCACUUUUAAACAAUGUUCGUUAGAUUUUAUGUGGUAGAUAUUUUGUCUACAGGAUUCACUUGAUUCAUUAAGGCUCCAUAGUACAUGUUCAUCAACAUAUAUCAUCAUGUUGUCUAUUUAUGCAUGCAUCUUUACCUAUUCAAAAAGUCUGCAGAUUCUCAGACCAUCAUAUUGUUUAUUUUUAGCUCAACUGGCCCUUUGGACAAGAAAUGACCUUGACUUGUAUUCAAGGCCACAGGGGUCAGAAUUGUUUAAAAAAAACUUGAAACUACUUCUCCUCAUGAGACAUGAUGUUUGGCUGGUAUAGAGCAGAUGAGUGCUGCAGGCCCAUUGGUUGUCUUGUUGUCUUAACCUAUUACUACCAAAAGUCUUCAGAUUCACAGACCAUCAUUUUAAAAAUCAAAACCAAACAAAGGCAAACAAAAAUUGCAGUUUGCAAAUAUUCAUUUUAAUUUCCCGCCUCCCCACCCCAC